GCAGGUGAGUCCAGACAGAGCUCCUCAGAGAUCCAGACCUCAGAGCUUCUCAGAGAUCCAGACCUCAGAGCUUCUAAUGCUUCACUCCAGCACAACUCCCACAAUGAAGCUGCUUCCAGCCGUGGUCCUGCUCCUGGCGCCAAUGCUGACCAGCUGCUACCCCCCCGUCCUGCCCAAGGACUGCAGCGACAUUUAUAAAUUUCAGAGCAACCGAACCAAAGUGUACACCAUCUACCCCAUCAGCUCCACAUCUCCUGUCCAGGUGUACUGCGACAUGGACUCUGUCGGAGGACGGUGGACGGUGUUCCAGACCAGGAUGGACGGCUCAGUGAACUUCUACCGGGGCUGGGACCAGUACAAGACUGGCUUUGGGAACGCUGCUGGGGAGUACUGGCUCGGUCUUGAGAAUCUCUACCAGCUGACUCUGAACCGCCCGUCCGAGCUGCUGGUCCAGAUGGAGGACUUCCAGGGAAACAGAGCGUUCGCUCGGUACACGUCCUUCUCCGUGGGGCCAUGUGAUGGGUUCAUACUGACGGUGUCUGGCUUCAUCAACGGAGGAGCAGGAGACUCCCUGACUGGUCAUCACAACGGAAUGAAGUUCUCCACCUUCGACAAAGACCAGGAUGCCGCUUCCGUGAACUGUGCCAGAUCACACCUGGGUGGGUUCUGGUACAACGCCUGUUACCAUGCAAAUCCCAACGGUGUCUAUCGCUGGGGGGCUGACGGGACUAUCUAUGCUGUUGGAGUGGAUUGGUCCACCUGGAAAGGUUAUGACUACUCCCUGAAGUUCAUCAGCAUGAUGGUCCGUCCCGUGCUGUAGGUCUCCAGGACCAACGUCCAGCAGAACAUCACCUCAUCUCUUCUCAUCUCUUUCUCUUUCUUUCAUUAAGCAUUUAAUCAACAACAGGUUUUCUUUUCCUGAAACUGGACCCAGAACAAGAAAGCCAGCUGAUGGUAAAUCUUGU